AUGCUGAGCGGCCGUACAAUAGUAAACUAUGUUAAUUUUAAUCAAACUGGUUCAUGUAUCUCUGUAGGAACGUCCUCUGGUGUAAAAGUAUUUAGUUGCGAUCCAUUUGGUAAAUUUUACAGCGAUGAAUCAGAAACCCUGGGUAAAAAUGGAUAUGGUAUUGUAGAAAUGUUAUUUUCUACUUCUUUAUUAGCAGUUGUAGGGUUAGGGGAAGACAUUUCCUUAUCUCCACGAAGAUUAAGGUUGCUAAAUACCAAAAGGGACACUGUCAUAUGUGAAAUUACUUUUCCAACAAGUAUAUUAUCCAUUAAAAUGAAUAAAUCUAGGCUGGUUAUCUUAUUAACCAGCCAAAUAUAUAUUUAUGACAUCACAAAUAUGAGGUUAUUGCACACCAUAGAAACAUCUUCUCCAAAUCUAGCCGGAUUAAUAGCUGUUUCCCCAAAUUUAGAAAACAAUUAUUUGCUUUAUUCAUCCCCUCCAAAAGUUAUCAAUUCUGAAAUAAAAGACAAUGCCACUACAAACAAUAUAACUUUAUCUAGCGAGGAAAAUGUUGUAAGUAACAGUACUAGUCAAGUUUCUAAGAAAACCAUAACAUCUACCAACAUUAACGUUACGGAAGACUCUGCAGGUAAGAAAAACGGAAAUGAUGCGAGCGUAAAAGAUUUAUCUAACAAUCCAUCAAUCAAAAAAAAUGGGGACAUCAUAAUAUUUGACUUAAAAAAUUUACAACCAAUAAUGGUGAUUGAAGCGCAUAAAGGCGAAAUAGCAGCAUUGACAAUUAGCCAAGAUGGGAAAUAUUUUGCAACUGCGUCCGAAAAGGGGACAAUUAUUAGGGUGUUUUCAGUUGAAAAUGGUAAUAAGAUAUAUCAAUUCAGAAGGGGUACCUAUCCAACAAGAAUACAUUCCUUAAAUUUUAGUGUAGAUAACACUUUUUUAAACGCAACAUCAUCGAGCAGAACGGUGCAUAUAUUCAAAUUGGUAUCUUCAACACCAUCAAUCGAUACAAAUAAAAAUACUUCUGUAUUGUCUUCAUCUUCAAGUGGCAACACUGCUAUAUCAUCUUCGAGCGAGGGAGAGGCAAUUGAUGACGAAAUAUCAGGGAAUGCUAGUGUCUACAGGACUUUGAACCUGCCAGCACAUGAGGAAGAAGAAGAAGAAGAAGAAGAUGAUGAUGAUGAUGAAGAGGAAGAGGAAGAGGAAGAAGAAGAAAAUGCCGAUGAUGACGAUGGGCAGAGGGGAACUCAUGUUGGUAACCAUCAUUUUAAUACUGAGGAGAAUACCAACCAAACGAAUACCGAGCCAAUAGUGGAUUCGUCUAGGAGCACAGUUGCCAGAAUGAUCAGAAAAUCUUCGCAGAAACUAUCGAGGAAAGCUGUGAAAACUCUUGGAGCAUAUUUUCCAACAAUAAAGGUGUCAUCUUUUAUAGAACCAAGCAGACAUUUUGCUAGUUUUAAAAUACCUAUAGUGGCUGUAAACGCAAAAGAAGAUGAUAAUGAAAAUGGUAAUAACAAUAAUGGCAAUAAUCACAAUGUUACUCGUGGAUCCACAAGUAGCACUGCUAAUCAAACUAAUUCUAUGACCGUACCAAGUAAUGUCAACACCUUGAGAUUUGUGGCCGCAUUUGGAACAGAGUAUCUUGAUAUAAAUAUAUCGGAAUACCCGGAAUUAUUACAGGAGUAUAUGAAGAACGAUUUGGACACUGCUACUGCUACGGGUCUAGAAACCAAUGAAAAUAGUCAAAUCAUUAAAAUGUUGCCUAUUCACGUGAUUUCUACAGAAGGAUUCUUGUACACCUACUUUCUAGAUCCUGCCCGUGGCGGAGAUUGUUUAUUAAUCAACCAAUACUCUUUAUUGCAAUAUUAG